GAUCGUGAUGCAACCAUUUUCUAUUACUAUUCUUUAGAUGCUCUUCUUUCAUCCACGCUGUUCUUAUUGCAUUUCGUAAGAAUUAUAUUAAGUAAAUUAUAAAAAAAUAAAAAAAAGAAGAUGAAUUGUUUAGUAAGAAAUCUGCUUCGUGGGUCUGCGAUUAAAAAUAUUUUAUCUUCAACUUCUAACAAUGGUUUAACGAAUAGCAAUUUAUAUCGGACAUUGUGGAACAUGUGCAACCGGCAGAACGAUGCUAUAAUAUCGUUUGCUGUUCCGAAAAUUCAGAAUUUACAAAUUUACAAUUACAAAUGUAAUAGAAAUGCUCAUACCAAAGCGGAGAAGGAAUUAGUAGAAUUCUUGGCUGAAGAAAUAGUUGCAGAAAAGAAAGCUCAGAAAUUAAAAACUAUCCCAACAGAAUUAGAUGGUUUUAAGGUAUCUCUGGAUAGCGCCGAAGUUACUCUUGAGAAGAAUAAUCAAGGCGAGAUAAUUAGAGUUUCAUUCAAUGUAAAUCAUACGGUAGAUACCAAUUCUGAACCAGAAAUUGAUCCUCAAAGUGAUAAUGCAGAUAUUGGAGAAAUGAAAAGCAAACCAUCAUUUACCGUUGAUAUAGUAAGAGGAAAUCAAACUUUAGGAUUUACAUGUUCAUUUAAUAGCGAACCAGGAGCAUCCGGAGCUGAUGAUAGCUAUAAUGACAUUUUUGGUAUAGACGAAAUAACUUUCUACGAAGGAGAACAUAGCGAUAAAGUAUAUGCAGUUGCCGGUGAAAUUAUCGAUGGUUAUCUAUACGAUCUCUUGAUGAAUUAUCUCGAAGAAAAGGGUAUUUCAAAUGGAUUUGCUGAAAAGAUCAUCGAACUUAGUACAAGUUAUGAGCAUACAGCAUAUGUUAGUUUAUUAGAAGGUCUUUCAAAAUUUACCUCUAAAAAAUAAGUUUCUUUACUGCUUUCUUAUUUGUAUUUUGCAAUAGAAACGUGUAAUCAUCAUAUUAAGUUCUUAAACAUUGUUAAUGAAAAUGUAUUUAAAAAAGUAAAUAUUUAUCAUGCAAAUAUAAAUAACAUCAUCGCGUUGAAUCUUUAUAAAAUAGUUUAUAAAAAAUAUUUUCAUUUUGUCUUCUUUUCAUUAUAAUUGUAUAAUUAUAAUAGUAAUAGUAAUAAUAUUAUAAAGAAAAAAAAAAUAAUAAUAAAAAGUGUAAUUUAAUAAUUUGUUUUAAAACAAUAGAAUAGAAAGAAUAUUAACUGUGAGAUCUUAAACUUGCUGUAGAAGUUUAAUUUUUUGUCUGUAUAUUCAACCAGAAAUAGGAAUUAAACACGUCAAAUAAAAAAAUUAAAAAUUCA